AUGAGAAUUUCAAAUUUGACUACAAUUGCUGGAGCAUUGAGCGUUGCUUCAGCUCAGUUGUAUUCCUUUAAAGGAUUCCAAUCGUUCGCUAAAAGUAUAAUUCAAAUUGAUUACUUCAGAGAUAUGGUUGUUUUAAGUCCACGAAACUUAGAAACUUCCAGCAAUGCCAUGGAAAAAUUGCAGGAUGCAGUUGAUAGAGCAAAUGCUGGAGACACAUUCUACUGGUAUAACAAAUUUCUUGGUCGAUUCGAGGAUGACGUAUGUUCCGGAUUGGAUGGUAUGGUUGAACUUUCCGCUUAUGUAAGUUGUGCCGUGCACUUAUCACACUUAGUUUUGACAUAUGGACCCAAAUAUGCCUACAAUUUGUAUGACACAUUUGAAUCGGACUUAAUCGAAUGCUUAGAUGAUUUUAUCUAUGGCGACGAAAGCUUUACUCCCCAUUUUUACAUGCCAGGAAAAACUGAGUUGAGUUUUACCAAUCACUCUACUAAUCUGACUGCUGAUGUCUUCACUCCAUUCUACGCAGUUAGUGGAUUCGAUAACCAGACUUUUAAUUCUACAAUUGAUCGGGCUAAGAGUUAUUAUCAUGAUUUGAUGAUUAAGAAUCCUUCAAGAGAUGAAGCCACAGCCCUGGCAAUAUCGAACUUGCGAGAUGCACAUGCAAGGAGAAAUCACGGGGAUGUUUUCUAUUGGUACAACAUUGUCAGGGGUUUGGAGUAUGAUGGAUUCGGGAGACAACCAUCUUCUUCCACAUUCGAUUGCAUAAUAGAGUUGUCGCAUCUCAGUUGGAGCUACGGGCUCAGUUAUCUCUACAAAUUGCAUGGUUCUACCGAACUAAAAUUUAUCAUUUGUUUGAAUAUGUACUUCAAAGUUGUCCCCCAAGCUAUUGAAAUGUACAUAAGAAAGAUCGAAGUGAAUUUCGAGAAUGAGGCAGCAAAGGUACUUGAGCAAGCACGUCAACAAAAUUUUAGGAAGAUUUGUGAUAUGUCACAUCAAGAUUACAACUUGAUUGAAUUAGAAUACAGGCCAAAGAAAGCGUUUUAUUAUUAUGAUGAUCUUGUCAUUAAAAUACCGCAUAACCCAGAAUUAACUAUCGAAAGCAUGUUAAAGUUGCAGGAUGCUUAUGACAGAGGAAACGAGGGAGAUAUCUUCUACUGGUAUAAUGCCUUUCAUUGGCAGGAGCUCCCUUUCGAGCAUUUAGGGUUGAGAGAUGGUGACCAAGAUAGAUGUUUUCACGAAUUGAACAAGCUUGCUAGGGCAUACGGGGCUAAUUACCCCCGCGAUCUAUACUACACUUCUGAGAAGACUUUGGUGGAAUGCUUAGAUUUGUACUUCAAUGGUAACCAAAUUAUUAAGGAUCACGCAUACGCACUAGGAAAGACCAAAUUAGAUUUCUUGAUGGGACAAGAAUUGUAUCCUGACGUGGAAUAUGAAGUGAAUGGAUUUCAAAACAAGAUAUUGCAUGAUGAAUUUCAAUAUGUUUCGGAGUCUAACCAGAAUUAUUAUAAAGAUAUUUUUGAUUUUUUAGAGGAUACCUACUAUGCAUUUUUGCAAUUGCAAGAUGCGCAUUUUAGUGGAAAUCACGGAGAUUUGUUCUACUGGUACAAUACGUUUAUGAAUCAAUAUCCUCCUUUCGUGAAUUUGAGUUUAGGAGAGAGGGAUAGAGAUGAAUGUUUUGAUGAAUUGAAUAAACUUGCUAGAGUAUACGGGGCUAACUAUCUUCUCAAGUUGUACGAUACUUCUGAAAGAUCGUUGGUCAAUUGCGUGGAUUUAUUCUUUCAUGGUGACAAUCAUACUGUAACUCCCGUGUUGCUUUCGGGAAAGAAGGAAGCGUAUGAGGGAAGCAAUAUUACAAAAGUUCCUAAACAGACUAAUAAGUAUUUUCUAGUGCCUUUUCAUCACUAUUAG